AUGUCUAAUGAACAUAGAGACUUUUACUACCACACUCCAUUCCAAGAGGAUCAUCUUGCUACUAAGCCUUCUUCCAUUCUUGGUUCAUCAACUUAUAACAGUAGUCCGGGCCAAGGGUAUGAUCCUUCUUCAUACAUGAGCUUUACUGAGUGCUUGCAUGGGUCUGUGGACUAUAAUUCACUUGCAAAAGCCUUUGGCUUGUCACCUUCUGCUUCGUCUCAAGUGUUUUCUUCCAUAGAAGGCAAUUCAAAGCCAAUAAUGGAAGCUAGAGAUUUAGGUGGUGGUAACAGUACCGAACAAAUUCCUGCCACCCCUAAUUCUUCAGCCUCUUUUUCUUCAAGUGAGGCUGGUGGUGAUGAAGACUCAGGAAAGACCAGGAAAGAGACACAAACUGAAAGGGCAGAUGAAGGAGGAGAAUCGUCUGAUAAUAAGAAAGAAGAUGGUGUAACUUUUAUGGUAAAUUGUGUAUGCCAACAGAAAGGAAAAAAGAAAGCAGAGAAAAGGCAAAAAGAGCCACGAUUUGCCUUCAUGACCAAGAGCGAGGUCGAUCAUCUAGAAGAUGGAUAUAGAUGGAGAAAAUAUGGACAGAAGGCUGUCAAGAAUAGUCCAUAUCCAAGGAGCUAUUACCGGUGCACAACUCAGAAAUGCACAGUGAAGAAACGUGUAGAGAGGUCAUUCCAGGAUCCAUCAAUUGUGAUUACAACGUAUGAGGGCCAACAUAACCAUCCAAUUCCAACAACCCUUAGAGGAAGUGCUUCAGCUAUGUUUUCACAUUCUAUGCUAGCACCUGCAUCGAUCCCAACUGGGCCUAACUUCUCUCAUCAUCAACAGUAUAAUUUUGUUCAAAUGCCUGUUGCCAUUAGCAACCAAAAUACUGGGGCAUAUCCACACAACGUUAAUCAACAUCUUCACCAGCAGUAUCAAGUUCCUGACUAUGGACUUUUGCAAGACAUUGUCCCUUCCAUGUUCCUUAGACAAGAGCCAUGA